AUGAAUAAUGCGUCGACCCCGCUCUUACCAAAAGCUCGACAAGCCCCCGAGGCCUCGUCUCUGUCGACCACUGAAGCCGAUGUUGACGUCGUUGCCGAGUUCUGGAGUCUCACGUGGAUGGCUCUGCAAGUUUCGCUCUCGACUUUUGCCCGCAUCGCGCUCAUUUCCGUCGACAGUGCGUUCCUGGGCCACUUGGGCACGUCAUCCCUUGCUGCUGCCUCGCUUUCGUCCACAUGGACAAACGUGCCAUUGGCCGGGGUCUGGUCUGGGGCCACAGCUCUCGUGACGCUCUGUGGCCAAGCCUGGGGGGCCCAAAACGGCGACUUGGCUGGCACGUGGCUUCAACUCGGGCUUGUCGUUGUCACGCUCCUGUCUAUCCCCGUGAUGCUCUGGUACUGGUGUAUCGGCUACUUGCUCGAGCUUUCCACCCACGACGUCCACGUCGUUCAUCUUGGCGUCCGGUUUGCCCGGAUCUUGUCCCUUGGGAUCUGGCCCUCGCUCGUUUACGCCUGCGUCCGUCUCUACUUUCAAUCCAUGGGGAUCAUGUCUCCCGUGACGGUCGUCGGCACGUUAUCCAUUGGUGUCGCCUGUGCAGCCAACUAUGUCCUUAUUUUUGGAGCUUUUGGCUGGCAAGGCCUCGGCUUUGAUGGGUCAGCUAUGGCGACCGUGAUUGCAGCGUGGUUUCAGCCUUUGGCCCUCAUUUCGUACUGCUUUGGAUACAAAAAAAUGCACCUGCAAGCAUGGGGUGGCUGGGACUUGAAGGCGUUUACCCGAGAUCGACUCGUGAUUUUCGUCAAUAUUGCUGGCCCUGUCGCCGCUAAUAGCUUGGUCUCGAGCUUGGCCAAUUCGGCCUUGACGCUCGUGGCGGCGAAACUUGGUUCCGACGUUAUUGCUGCCAAUGCCGUGAUCUCGGGCCUCUGGUCCCUCCUCUGGGCGCUCUUUUGGGGCUUUGGCUCGGCUACGCAGAUCCGCGUGGCGAAUUACCUUGGGGCUGGACGUCCGAAAGCCGCAAGGUUGCUGGGCUUUUUUGGCUUUCUCUGCACUAUUGGCUGCGUCGUCGUGCUUGCCGUUGUCACGUUUGCGCUGCGGAAAACGCUCUUCCGCUUGUACACGAACGACGAUAGGCUGUUGCAGCUGUGUAUGCUCGUUCAGCCCAUUUUCAUCACGGGGUACAUGAUCGAGUCGGUUGAGAUUCUCAUUGCGGCUGUGCUAGCAGGUAUGGGUGAUGUCUCUGUGACAGCGUGGGUGAGUGCCAUGAGUGUGUGGUGCAUCGAGCUCCCAAUAGCUUACUUCGGUGGAGUCACCAUGGGUCUCGGUUUCUCAGCCUUGUGGUAUGGCGUAUGCUUGAUGGAGCUGGUCAAGCUCUCUAUCUUUGCUUUCGUGCUGUCUCGCGUAAAUUGGGCGAAGAUGGCUGACCGAGCAGUGAAAAAUAUGGAGCUUACGAGUGACAGUGAUACAGGCGCUGAGCGCGAGUCACUGCAGUACGCUAUCGCAGAAGGAGGAACGACACCUGGAAGCCUUGCCCCAGUCGUGAGGUCACCCGCUGCACAACGACUGAUGACGCCAUCAGCACGACGACGUCAAUGGGAUCAGAAUUGA